AUGGCAUCGGGCUCUACUUUGUCCGCUGAAGGAAAAUUUCAAUUGAUUACGCGUAACUUACAGGAGGUGAUUGGUGAAGAAAGACUCUUGAAAACUCUGAAGGAAAAGGAUAUCUCACUGUAUUGGGGAACUGCGACCACAGGCCGUCCCCAUGUGGGCUACUUUGUUCCUAUUAGUAAAAUUGCUGAUUUCUUAAAGGCAGGAUGCCACGUCAUCAUAUUAUUUGCUGAUUUACAUGGCUACCUGGAUAAUAUGAAAGCGCCGUGGGAGUUACUUGCGCAACGUGUGAAAUACUACUCGUUCGUUAUUAAAGCUAUGCUACAAUCUAUUGGAGUUUCAAUAGAAAAACUAACGUUUGUUAGGGGGACUGAUUACCAAUUGUCUAGGGAAUAUACCUUGGAUGUCUAUCGAUUGGCAUCAGUUGUCACGGAAGACUCUAAGAUUGAUUUAAUUGAUUCUAAAGAAGUUGUUGAGAAGAAACUUCGUAAAGCCUUCUGCGAACCUGGCAAUAUUAAGGAGAAUGGGGUAUUAUCCUUUGUUAAAUAUGUGUUGCUGCCGUUAUCGAAAACUGAAGAAUUUGUUGUUAAUCGGGACAAAAAAUAUGGUGGGCGCGUAGUUUAUACAAAUUAUGAGGACCUGGAAGCCGCAUUUGCUAAGAAUGAACUUUACCCGGCAGAUCUUAAACAGGCAGUAGCGGAUGCAUUAAAUCAGCUCCUUGAUCCUAUUCGACAAGAACUCGACAAUCCUGAAUUUACUAAAUUAAAACACCUAGCCUACCCGGAGACUGUUAAAUUGGAUAAAAUGAAAAGUGAUUCACAAAAAGCAAAUCGUGCUGCUGAUCCAUCAAGACUGGAUGUCAGAGUUGGCCAGAUUGUAUCAGUUAAAAAGCAUCCUAAUGCAGAUUCCUUAUAUGUUCAAGAAGUGGAUAUUGGUUCAGGAGAAAACCGUACUAUCGUCAGUGGCCUGGUUAAUUAUGUCCCAGUAGAAAAACUGGAGAAGAGAAAAGUAGCUUUAUUAUGUAAUCUAAAGCCUCAAAAUAUUCGCGGAGUAGUUUCGGAAGGAAUGAUGCUUGCUGCAUCUAGUGGAGAUCCGAAAACAAUUGAGCCACUUGAUCCUCCUUCCAGCUGUGAACCUGGAGAAAAGAUAUUUACCUCUGGGUUUGAGCAUGACACGUGUGGAGAACCGGAUAAAGAAAUCAAUCCUAAAAAGAAAUUACUAGAAACUAUCCUGGCCGAUUUAAAAAUUUCUGAUGACCUGACUGCUGUCUAUAAAGACAGUAACCACGUUUUCAAGACUGAAAAGGGACCGGCUUGCACCAUCGUAGAGUUAGGAGCUCAGAUCAGUGCUAUUUAG